GCUCCGGGGACAGCGGCGGACGGCGGCGGCGGCGGCAUGCGGCUUCUCGCGCUGCCCAUCGUGGGCUGAGACGGCCGCAGCGCGGGCGGGAGGCGCGGCGGCCGGUGAGCCGAGGGCGCAGCCAGCCGGGCAGACCGCGGACAGCGGUCGGGGCGCCGCGCCAUGGGCCGAGCCGGGGGCGGGGGCCCGGGCCGGGGGCCGCCGCCUCUGCUGCUGCUUCUGGGGGCCGCGCUGGUCCUCGCCGCCCGGGCCGCGCCGGCCCGUGAGGCUGGCAGCGCCGUCGAGGCCCACGAGCAGGUGAAGAGCAUCCUGGCGAGGGAGCCGACUGCCAACGAAACGAGGGAGAAGGCCGGCCCACCAGCAGCUGAGGAAGACGAGACCUCGUGGACCGCACCUGGCGGUGAGCAGGCCAUGAUGGGGCCUAGUGUCGGGCCAGAGGAGGUGCUGGAGGCGUCGGCAGCGGUGACCGGCGCACCCUGGCUGGAGGCUGACAGCCCUGGCCUGGGUGGAGUGACCGCAGAGGCCGGCAGCGGCGACACCCAGGCCCUUCCAGCCACGCUCCCGGCUCCCAAGGAGGCCCUGGGACAGUCAUCGAUGGCCCCCUCCAUCCCCAAGGCUACAGAGGCCAGCAGACCACCCUCCCCCACACCUGGCGACAUGCUGAGCCCCGGCCCAGAACACCCCAAGGAGAAUCCCUUGGAGGUUUGGUUGAACCUGGGAGGCAGCACACAUGACCCUCAUGGGCCAGAGCCCACAUUCCCCUUUCAGGGCACAAUGGAGCCCCAGCCAGCGUCAGAUAUAAUUGACAUCGACUACUUCGAAGGAUUGGAUGGUGAGGGCCGUGGUGCCGACCUGGAGAGCUUCCCAGGGUCGCCAGGAACCUCAGAGCACCACCCUGAUACUGGGGGAGAGACCCCUUCCUGGAGCCUGCUUGACUUAUACGAUGACUUCACCCCCUUUGAUGAAUCUGACUUCUACCCCACCACAUCCUUCUAUGAUGACCUUGAUGAAGAGGAGGAGGAAGAGGAGGAUGACAAGGAUGCAGCGGGAGGUGGAGACCUGGAAGAUGAAAGUGACCUUCUGGUGCCUACCGAGAAGCCUGGUCUGGGGCCCGGGACUGGCCAGCCUACCAGUCGGUGGCAUGCUGUCCCCCCACAGCAUACUCUGGGGAUGGUCCCUGGCAGCAGCAUCGCCCUCAGGCCCCGCCCUGGAGAGCCAGGCAGGGACCUGACCCCAAGCGAGAAUGGCACUGAGUGCCGCAGCGGCUUUGUGCGACAUAAUGGCUCCUGCCGGUCAGUGUGCGACCUCUUUCCAAGUUACUGUCACAAUGGCGGCCAGUGCUACCUGGUGGAGAACAUAGGGGCCUUCUGCAGGUGCAACACACAGGACUACAUCUGGCACAAGGGGAUGCGCUGCGAGUCCAUCAUCACCGACUUCCAGGUGAUGUGCGUGGCCGUCGGCUCAGCCGCCCUUGUACUGCUCCUGCUCUUCAUGAUGACAGUGUUCUUCGCCAAGAAGCUAUAUCUGCUCAAGACAGAGAAUACCAAGCUGCGUAGGACCAACAAAUUCCGGACCCCGUCUGAGCUCCACAACGAUAACUUCUCCCUCUCCACCAUUGCCGAAGGCUCUCACCCAAACGAUGACCCUAGUGCUCCCCACAAAAUCCAGGAAGCUCUCAAGUCCUGCCUGAAAGAGGAGGAGUCAUUUAACAUCCAGAACUCCAUGUCACCCAAACUUGAGGGUGGCAAAGGUGACCAGGCUGACUUGGAGGUGAACUGUCUUCAGAAUAACCUAACCUAAAGCAGAACAAGAAGAGAGGAAAUGGGGGGAGGGGGGGUGCGGGGAGAAACAUGACCUCCUCUUGUACAGAGUCUAUUUCUUGUAACCAUUUGUUAAACUCUUUUCUUUUUCUGAUCUCAUGGCAUGCUUUGAUGUAUUUUGUACAGGAGGGGAAACACACACACACACACACACACACACACACACACACACACACACCAAGCAAAGAACCCAGACAAAAUUGCAUACGUUGGGUUGUUUUGUCUGUGCUGUCUGUACAUUGCUUCUGCUGCUGUGAUUUCUAAACCUACGCUGUUAUUCAACUACUUUUUUUUUGUACUUUGACCCACCUUUUUUUGAAAUAAGAGUAAAAAACAAAGUUCUUGAAAUAAAACUUUUUA